AUGUAUUGGAGGCAAUGCUACCGUCUCCCAAAAUGUUUAACAUUUAAAUGUAAAGAACACGAGGUUUGUCAGCAAGAUCCUCCAACCAGUGCACCAAAAUGUGUACAUGAUAAGGACUACAUUCCCGAUGGCGACAAAUAUGUCAAGGUUGACGCGUGUGAGCCUAACUAUAGGAAUGUAAAAGGGUUAUCUAAAGUUGCCUGCUCAAAGAAAUUCGCAAAAUGCCAAACCAAAUUGGAUGACCCAUCGGAUUGGGAGUGUACUUGCCCAACAAACUACCAGGUCAACCCGAUGAGACAGAGUGUACCCCAAAAAUGUGUGAAUCACCAGCAUUAA